AUGGCGUCCAUCUCUCUGCCCUUGCCGCCUCACGCCCCUACCGCAUUUCCUCAACACAUUGAUUCACCUGGCCAAUCUUACAGCCGACAUAGCCGGCGCAAUCUAACCAUGUCGACUCCCCUUCCCAAUCCGCCAUUUGUCUUCCCCGCUCGUGAGCCAGACGAUACGAGUGCUCAGCCUUCAGUAGUUCCUGAAACACAUCACAGGGCCCCUCUACCACUACCAGCUUUUUCCUUCAACCCCGGAUCUACCAGUACCACACAACCUCCGGUACCAGCAAUUCCUCCGAAUCGGGCGGGCGGGCACCGUCGACGAUGCAGUGAGUUGAUUGGGGGAGAUAAGCUCGUCACCUCGGGGGCAGCGGAGGGCGUUCAGACUAGUGACGAAAGUCCGCUGCCAGCUCCUGCCAACCUUCCUACCCCCGGGCCUGGCUUCAGUGCUGGAGGACAUGGACGGCGCCAUCAUGCUCACCGACGAUCGGCAGCUAUCUCUGGCGUAGAUCUUGCUGCUAUCACGAAAGCGCUUGAGUCAAAACCAGUGGGAAGUGCUCCACCGACACCGGCUGACUCGAAGCGUGAAAAUGGUGUGCAUGAGCUGGCCCGCCCUGUUUCUUACUCUGCAACCGCCUUGAACCGACCUACACCCCCUGCCUCUCCUCGAAUCUCUAUAACAGGAAGCUCACCGCUUCGAGCCAAGUCUGAGUCUCCGGACCGUCUUUCUGCAACUGGACUUCCGUAUUCACCUGUCAUAAGGCAAGGCUCUUCUGGAAGCAUACCGAUCUCCGAACCGCAGAUAACCACCAGAAAUAUCGAAAAGACUGGUACGGCCGGGUUUCUUUACAACAAUGAGCAGGCCUCUACUGCAAACGGAAGUAUCACACCGAGACCGAAGACUGCCGACGCCCUCUUAAUGUUCGACCUAAAUGCAACUGCUGUCAAUCAUGAUAUUUCAUCGUUGAAGCGGCCCACAUCUGCGGCAGGACACACUCGUUUCCACAAAAGCCUGUCGUCUGGAAUUCUUGAUGCGACCACGGGCCGGAAGAACCGGGUUAGCGAUGACUAUCAUCUUACAGACUCGUCUAGGCGCUCAUCCUCUGAUGACUUGAAUUCAAGCUCGUCUGAUGAUGAACAUCCCGGGUCAGACGAAGCCCAUGCUUCAAAGAAGAGUCGAUUAAAGGCCAAAAAGAGACAGAAGAAGGUCCGGUCCUGGGCGGGGGCCAUUCUGACUCGAGGCAAGGGUAAGCGGCAUCAGUCGAAGAAGGAAACUUUAGAAGCAGAUUCUGCCGUUGUGCCACCGGUCAUUACCCGCACCAAUUCGGAUCUUGGUUCUGGCUUGGAUGUUGACUUUGACGACGAUACUAUUGUUGUUAUCCGUACCCCAACCAAUCCAAACGCCCCGGAUUCGGGUCGUUUCCCCUCCGAGGUCGAAGCACAACCGUCGUUCGAAAAUUCCUGGAAACCAAGGAGUUUCUACGAGCAAGGCUCACAGGACGAUGCCCUCAGCCCUGUCAUCGACUUGGAUGCAGCUCUCGGUCCCUUCAACACUCCUGAUAUGCGCGCCGGAAAGGGUGCCGGCAAUGGAUUUUCCGCGGUGUCUAGACGGAUGUACAGUGGUGGGCGACGGGGUGAAUUUGUCGGCCCCGAAAUGCGCUAUCAUCGUCGUGCUGAAAGCGCGCCUGAGAUGCCUCCCUUUGAUCGGAGUUUUCUGAACAAUCGGCUGGCUAAUUCCUCUUCUCUGGAAGUUCCCGAUGUGUUCUACGAAGAAGAAGAAGAUGCGUUCUUAGCAGCCACAACUGAAUCGCCCCAGGAUGGCCGUGAAACAGUGUCUGAUAUGUUGCUCAACUCAUCAAAUGACAACUCUGACCAGCAAACUGUUGGCAGUCGGGACACCGACGAUACCAUGAUUCGACCUACUGCAAAUGUUGAACCCAAGUCACAGCAAGCUGGGCUUGGAAUUUCCAGCAACGAGUUGUGCGAAGGAACGAUUGCCAACACCUCUUUUGACCGCCAGGAGAUGCAGAACAAACCUGAAAUGGUUGCGCAAGAAAUAGCUGUGGACCACCUUCGCAAUGCGAACAAUCCUUUUGGCAGUCCUGGAAAUCCAGUGGAAAGCCUUCAGCAGGAGAGCUGGCCGAACAAAGCACCAAUCCCACUUAGCCCCGAAAUCUCCCCUCGAUUCCUGCCCGCUGACAGCCGGCCGGCGACAUCGCCACUCGAACUCACCGGCAAUAUCCCCCAAUUCUCUUUACAAAGCACCUGCUUUCUGUCAAACUCCUCUUUUCCAUCUCCCGAUUUCACCCUUUCUUCAUCUGAUGCUCCACGCUCAAUAACAACAUCGUCGACGACCGACCGGAACUUCUCCAACCCAUCAUAUAAUCCCUCUGUGGACCUACCUCAUGCGUCUAUGGAAGAUGUGCCGUCAUUGACCAGCAGUGCGUCGACCACGACCAACACUCUCGGCCGGUUCUCGGGGACAUUCUUCCAUCGGUCCCGCCCUUCCACUGACCGCUCCGCUUCUUUUUCUGCUGCGGUUCACCGUCGCAGCAGCCAUGCUCGUAGCCAGAAAAGGUCGAGCCUGGCUAGUUUGUCCAAGCUGGUCGGCGGUCCCAACGGUGAGAGGAGCAAGCUCAGCAUUGAAGAAAAGCCACCAAGUGAUGCUCCCGAGAAGACCAAGAAGAAGGGCCGCCGGCUCAGUCGUCUCAUGCACUUCUGGAGGACCAACGAGAAGGAAAAGCUGACCGAGGAUGUUGUUCGAGAAGAACAGCGGUCAUGA